AAUUUUUAACCUAAAAACUGGGGUUUUCUGAAAAGAUUAUUAUUUCUAUAUUUUUCAAUAUUAUUUGUGUUUAUAGGCAUAAAAUAAUUACUGAGAAUAAUAUACAUUGUGUUGCAAAAUGAAUAACUGUCAACAUUGUUAAAUUCCAAUCUAAAAAGACCAAAAAGUCACUCAGAAUGGACGAAAAUGACGAGACAAUAGAGUCUGACUCUGCUGAUGGACUGCCAGACAUUGUUCCAGAAAAGUCCAAACCACAGAUGGACGCUGAAAUCAUAAUAUGCCAUCUGUGCAAUAAACCGUACGGUAAUGUCAGUCUGUUUCAUGCACACCUGAAGAAUGUGCACAAGGUGAAUGCUAGAGGCGAACGCGUAGCCAGCUAUCCCUGCAAGGAAUGUUCGUGGAUAUUCAAGACAUUGUCGAGUUUGCGGCGACAUACCGCCAACAAGCACCCGAAGCAGGACCAACCACGGUUCAACUGCGGUCACUGUACGUACAACACCACUGUGCUCUACUACCUCAAACGACACAUAUUGAAGCAUGAAAACGACGAAGCAAAACUGUUCCCGUGUGCCUACUGCGAGGCUAGGUAUGACAAUGUAGAGUCCUUGAACAGACACAUCAAAUCCAAAAGACAUGAACGGCGAAAAAAUAUCAACUACAAGAAGAAGUGCCCCAAGUGCGAUUUCGUCUCCACCAAAAAGCUGACCGACGAGAUCCAUGACCACUUCAGGAAAGUGCAUCACAUACCGAUCACCUGGCAAUCCUUCACUUUCAGCUGUGAGGAUGACUUCCUCGACUGGAAACAGAAUCUAGAGAUGUCCACUUCGAUGCAGUACCGCACUAACUACAAUACAGCCAUGUAUUAUGUGUGCAAUCUAUCCCACAACUAUGUAAAAAAUCGACAAAACGGCAACAAAUUCUCGGGAGGGUAUUGUCCCUCGGCGAUCGGUGUUCGGGUGAAAGAGAACGGGCAGUAUUGUGUCAGUUAUAUGCCCUGUCAUGUGGGACAUUAUGAGGUUUACGAGUGUGUGACGUCAUCGAUAGAUUGUCGAAAAUCUGACGACUGUCGAUCGAAUGAUGACCAGUUGGAUCGUGGAAAACUGAACGACUUUCGAUCGACCGAUGGGUUAGAUCGUGGAAAACUGGACGACUGUCGAUCGACCGAUGGGUUAGAUCGUGGAAAACUGGACGACUGUCGAUCGAAUGAUGAGUUAGAUCGUGGAAAACUGGACGACUUUCGAUCGACCGACGAGUUGGAUCGUAGAAUGUCUGACGAUUGUGAUGUUGCUGAAGCUGUUAGACAUAUACAAACAAACGACGAAGCAGAUAGACAUCUACUUACAGGCGAGAAUGAUUCAAAUUAUAGCAGAGAAACCGGGGGAAAUAGCGACAGUGAAAUGGAAGAUGAUGAGGAUUCGGUGCUAGUGGUGGGGGCUGAUAGUGCACUGAUAAACAGUAUUAUAGGUGUGAACAGUAGUGACGAUAUAGCGGGAAAAUCUAAGGGAAGCUACAACGAUUGGGUGGAGAAAAUGAGAUGUGAUAGUGAUCUACUAAAUAUUAGAAGAACGUUGAAUCAAAAGGAACCGGAGGUUAAUGUUGCAAAGAUGAGAUCUGAUGUGGGAAAUAUUAUAAAUGCUGAAAAUUUUGAUAGUAAAACAGGGGAGCCUGAUGAGACUGAUACAAACUUAAGAAGUGAUAAUGAUGUGGGGAAUACUGGAAAAAAUGUAAUUAUUGAUGGAACCGAGAACUCCGUGAGCAAUUAUAGAUAUUGGAUGGAAAAACUACGAUCUGACCCAGAUAUGCAAAGCAUUAGGAAUACGUUGAUUAUUAGAGUAGAUGAGCCUAAGGGAAAUGAUCAAAAUCUGGAAGGAGACGUUGUGCGAAAUGAUGAAACUGUGAGAGUUGAUAGAAAGGAAUCUAACAAAGGUUGGGUUAGAAAACUGAAAAAUGAUGCAAACACAAGUCUGUUUUAUUUUAAACCUUUAAAAGUGGUUAGUCGUCAGUUUCCAAAAUUGAAAAUGGACGAUUGUGUGUUGAUUUACAUGAGUGGAACACAAAAAUCGAUUUUGGAAGCCUGUGGGAGAAAUGUUAUUUGUGUAGAUAAGGGAUGUCUGGUGAACGAUGAGAAAAAUUUAAAACUUUUCGUAAUUUCAGUGAUUGAUAGUUGUAGACGAGUGUUCGGUCGCGUUUAUGUUCACUAA